CCGUCCUUGCCUGGGCUUUUUUUUUUUUUUCUUUUUCCACCACUUGAUCCUCGGCUCCUAUAUUUAGCUCGUCCCAGGGUGCUAUUUCGACUUUGCAACGGCCGUCGUUUAUAAGUCCCUGGCUCGCCACUCCCCCCCUUUUUUUCCCUCCUCCUGCUUGGUCCAAACUUGUUAAAUUAGUUUAGCUUAGUUAGCGCCACAAACAAAAGACCCAACAACUUUUCCUUUCUUUCUUCUCUCCCACUCCCUCCUUUUUUAAAGUGCCACAAGCACUUUCCCUUUCCUCCUUAAAAUAAACCAACCGAACCCUGCUGAAGAAGGAAGUGUUGUGAAAACAUCCCCCCCCUCCCCAGCUGUAGUUUUCAUCCAUACGUAUAUCAUAAACAACACACGUAUCUUUCUCUGGACCUUGGGCGGAGGGGGCAGAGAACCAGAGGGCGUGUGGACGGACCGCCCGUUUGAGACCGGCCGAAGGAGCCAUGGGGCGAGCGGAGGAGCUGAUCCGGACGGCCAAAAAGUUGGAUAAGAUGGUGUCUAGGAAGAACACGGUAAGGAAGGAGCUCUGGACCUCUUGAAGAAACUGAAUAGCUGCACCAUGAGCAUUGAGCUGCUACAGAGUACCAAGAUUGGUGUGGCUGUCAACACAGUGCGUAAGCAUUGCUCGGACAAGGAAGUGGUGGCACUGGCUAAACUCCUUAUCAAAAACUGGAAGAGGUUAUUAGAAUCAUCCGGGACACAGAAAGGGAAGAAAGAGAAAGAGAUAGCUGUCUCUGGUUGGAAAGCUGAAGGGCCACUUUCCAACUCUGUGGAUGUCUGCAAAAGUCCUGAUGGAAAGCAGAAAGACAGGAAAUUGAAUCAAUCCAGUUCACAUGAAAUCAUGCUGAAGAGCAGUUCUUCCUUGAUCUCCAAAUCAGACAGAGACCCCAAAGACGCUUCUACUUCCCAAAAGUCACACUUGGAGCUCAAAAAAGAGAGGAGGGACUCCAAAGAUUCAAGAUCUUCCAGCUCUACUUCUAGUUCCUCUACUUCCUCUCCCAAGAGACUGUCGGUGGACAGUAGGAGAACCUCUACCAGCUCCAACCCAUCAACCUCGCCUCCUGGAUCUCAUAAAAACAAAGAGGAUAGCAAAGAUGAAAGAUCAAAUGACAAAUCUCGAACUGAGGUGCCCAGGAUGCCAGCCAGCCCUGUCACGCCAACAUUUGGAACUUCUGUCUGCUUCUUGCCCUCGUGCUAUUUGACUGGAGACUCCAUUAGGGACAAGUGUAUUGAGAUGGUCUCUGCAGCUCUGAAAAUGGAUGACGAUUACAAACAAUUUGCGGUCAACUGUGAUAAGAUGGCAGCCGAGAUUGAAGAUCAUAUCUACCAAGAACUGAAAAGCACAGAUAUGAAAUACCGGAACCGAGUGAGGAGCAGAAUUAGCAACCUGAAGGACCCCAAGAAUCCUGGUUUGCGGCGCAAUGUGUUGUGCGGAAGCAUCCCGCCAGCCCUAAUUGCAAAGAUGACGGCAGAGGAAAUGGCUAGUGAUGAACUGAAGGAGCUAAGAAACGCCAUGACCCAAGAAGCAAUCCGAGAGCAUCAGAUGGCAAAGACAGGAGGUACUGCCACUGACCUCUUCCAGUGCGGAAAAUGCAAGAAAAAGAACUGCACUUAUAAUCAGGUGCAAACCCGGAGUGCCGAUGAGCCCAUGACGACUUUCGUGCUCUGUAAUGAGUGUGGCAAUCGCUGGAAGUUCUGCUGAUGCUCUUUGCACCCAUAUGCCAGCGCCACGAAGAUGUUGUACCUGUUGCAGCCGAAGAGAUAAGAAAACCUUUGAACUGUCCAGCUGAUGAAAUAAAAGCAGGGAAAGAAAAACAGCCUGCAAAGGUUGAAAUGCUGACAUUUCAACCCCCACCCCAUCAGAUAUCUCUUUCUUUUAAAAAAAACGCAGUCGGUUUGAAUGACUUUCUUAAAUGGAAUCCUAUCUUCGUACUCAGGUGAUAUAUUGGUGCCCUCACCGAGAGGGCUGUGUGUGUUCUGCAGUUACAUUAUGCAAAGGCAGACAUUAACACUGAGCAUAGAAGAAGGCCAACAGAUUGUGGGUUGCUCCCUGCUUUUGUUUGGGGAGAUGUAAAAUUUUCCAUUCUUAAGGCUGCAAAGAUUGGUUUGGCAGUGCAUGCGUGGGCAAUGUCCAGUGAAGUCUCCCAAGCAGAGAAAGUUUCUGAUGUCCUGAGCACAUGGGUUUGGAAGGCCCGGCUCCAGUGAUCAACAGCUUAUUUGAAUCACAAAGUGUAGUUUGUUGAGGCAAAUUGAAAGUAACGUUUAAAAUCAGCUACUAUAACGGCAAGGGAGGAAAGAAGGAUGGGAUGUAUGCAGUUCUGACUCGGUAAUUAGGUGUCAAAAACUAUAAAUAGAGGUAGCAUCUAAUACAGGGGUGUCGAACUCAAGGCCCGUGGGCUGGAUUCGGCCCACAGGGUGCUUAGAUCAAGCCCGCGGUGCAGAGCCACCCUGCAAACAGUGAGGAACUGGCCCGCAGUGCCUCUACCAGCAAAAAUGGGCUCCUGAACUCUGUUUCCGGCUACGACGGCCUCCUGCAACAGGCUCCUGAGCUAAGUUUCUGGCUGCGACAGCCUCCUGCAACCCUCUGCCAACUGGCAGAGGGUUGCAGGAGGCUGUCGCAGCCGGAAACAUUCGGGAGCCCGUUUUCACUGGCAGAGCACCCAACACGAGUGAGAUCAAGCUGGCCAUGCCUAACCUGGCCACACCCACCCCAGCCCCCCAAGGUCAAACACAACCCUGGUGUGGCCCUCAAUGAAAUUGAGUUUGACACCCCUGAUCUAGUAGAAGAUUCAUAGAGGUACAACCUUUAAUUGGCUGGAUUGUUUGAUCCCCUUGGCAUUUCCAUCCAUUCUUUAGCUCAACAGUGAGCCCAAAACCCGUUUUAUUUAUUUGGCUAAGUUUGGGAUGUAUUUUUUGGGCAAGAGUGGUCACCUAAUGUCAAGAAGGAGACCUUUAAUGGAAAGACCAUCAGCCCAAGUACUUCCUCUUCCCAUUUUUUUUUUUUUUUGACUCUAUGCUCUCGGCUACCAAUUUUGUUUUGUUUCCUAUCCUGUGACUUUUGCAGAGGCUAAAUCAAAGCUUUGAUCCUUUGGUGUUGGCACUGUCACUCCAAAUUCUUCCAAAGCUGCCUUCUUGGAAUCCUUUAUAGGAGGUGAUUGUUACAGGUUGAAAUCUGCAUGUAAAUAUGCUUCCUAGCCUCAAGAGAUGACACAGCUCGUUUCCUUCCUGCUCCUUUUUCACUGUAAAGACAGAAUCAAAUAAUAACAAAUUAACCAUGAUAGAUUCAGGGUCAUCCAAGUACACUGAGAAGCUAGUUUUGAAUAGGCAACUGUUGCAAUACCUAUUUUAGAAAAGGAUGUCAGUCACUGAUACAUUAUGAAUCCUCCUUCAGUGGAUUUGGUGAUGGAUCUGUGGCUAAUUUCAUCUACUUCUCUACCUUGGUUGCUAUGUGGGCUUGUAGAAUUGCCCUAGUUAGCAUGGCUAUUCUGGAUCCAUGUUUCUGGAGGGCAGUUAAAUUGGGGUAAGAUAGACAUUUUUUUUUGGUAGGGAGAGAACUAGGUCUGAGAAGCAGCCCUGGUAGAUGUGUUGGGGAUGUAAAAUCAUUCAAAAUGGCAGAUAAUUCCCCCCUUACAGUUUUUCUAUUAAAUUAUCCAGGAUUUUCAAAACGAAUCCUGCUAGGUUGUUUAGGAUGUUGGAGUUUCCUCAACUUCCACCUCUCCCUAGGAGGAACAGAAGUAGUAAUGAAAUGUGUACAGCUAUUGCAUGAUGAGGAAUUUCCUCUUUUGUUACUUUAAUGUUUCUUUUUCUCUUAUUUUCAAAUGACUUUGUGCCAUGCAGAGCAAGUACUAGAAUUGUCCAAAGCAGAUGCCCAACGGAAAGAAAUAAAACUGAAUCCUCACCUGUCA